CAGAUAAGGGAAGUCAGAAUACCUCGCCCGGCGAGAAGAGCACGGAUCGCAGAGCGGGCAGCGGACGACAGCGAGACAGCCUCGACAUGUCUGCAGACCCGCACCCCAACUCCAGCCAUCCUGUGAAGGGAGAGCGGCACCUGGGAUUUGAGGGCCUCUACUUGAACAUGCGAGCCGCUCACGGGGACGGCCGUGACCUCUCUGAGCUGCUCCGGGAGAGGGCACUAGUGGAAGAGUCCUGCUCCAAGUUGCACAGCAAGCUGUCUCGUAUGGCCGCGACCAACAACCACAACGGGCCGCUGGUGCCGCUCUGGGCCUCCCUGCGUGCGCUGGGCGACAAGCAGGGCGCCUGCCACCAGCAGCUGGCGCGCCGCCUGCACGAGGUGGCACGUGCAGUGGCGGCACACGCAGACAGCCACGGGCGCACCCAGAGACAGGCCAAGGAGGAGGCGUCCCGCACGCUCGACUCCCUGCAGGGUCUCAACGGCGCCGUGCUCGCCCUGCAGCGCGAUCGCUCGCGACUCCAGUCCCGCAGCGCCGACCUGGAGAGGCUCCGCAGGGAGGGAGCCGCCUCCCACGCCCUGCAGAGGGCCGAGAGCAAGUGUAAGAAGUCGGGCGAGGAUUACCGGCGCCGUCUCGAGCGCUACCGCACGCUCCGGGCCGCGUUCGAGCAGCGCGUCGCCUCCACGGCACAGAAGUUCCACACACUGGAAAAGUCGCACGUCACGCAGAUGAGGUCCUUCCUUCAGACCUACGCGCAGACGCUGUGGGACACCCACGUGCAGAUGGGACAUAUGCACGUGGAGUUCCAGCACUGGUUGGACAUUCACACGGCGGAGGAGCUCAUGAGGCUGAGUCCACGCGUGGAACCCAGCACGGAGAGACCAGGCCCCGUUGAAUCACAGGAAUGUAACUCAGCCACCAUGAUGGAAGGACUGAAAAAACGGACUAAGCUCACGUUUGGGAUUAAGAGGAAAGACAAGGACUCCGAGUCCACAGGCUCUCAGGAUGCCGACCAGAAGCGUUCUAACGGCGCUCCCGACGGCUUCUACACCGAGAUUGACUGGCAGCGUUAUACAACACCGGAGGUGGACGAUGAAGGCUACAGCAUCCGCCCGGACAUUGAGCUGAACGACCCCAAAACGAACUGCUUCUACUCAUCGAGCGACUCGGAGGAGGAGGCCAGGGGGGGCAAAGCCGGCGGGGGGGGCGGCGGCGGCGGCGGCGGCGGCGGCGACGGCGGGGGUGGCGGCGGCCGCCGCCGUAGGAGACGCCUCUACGUGGAGAUCAAGCCCCCCGAGGAGGCGGUGGGGGGCCCCGACCCCACCGCGGCAGCGCAGGAGCUGAGGGCGUCCAUCUGCAACAUCGCCCUGCCGCCGUCGCCUGCCAGGAGAAGUCCGAGGCGCAACCCGGUUGCAUUCAAGAAAGGGGCAGCGCACAACGAAGACAUCGUGAGGCAGAGGCGCUCCACGCCCACCCCACCGCCGCUCACCGUCGCCGCGGUGGCGGCCAAUCAGCUCUUCCCGUCGGACCCGCUCUUCGGGCCGCCCCUGGAGGCCAUCCCGCAAGUCUUCGCGACGGAAGCUGGCAACAGCCAGUCUGAUAUUUGGGGGCCCAGACCUCCACAAGCCCCCCCGGAGGGCACGGCCACCCAACAAACGCCCCCGCAGGUGGGGUCCCCUCCCCGCCCGCCAGCAUCGCCGCCGCCGCCGCCGGACAGGCCCCCCAAGGAUGACGGUCCCCCGGUGUCUCCCGUGGCGGUGGGGGGCGGUGUCCCCCAGGAGGCCCCCAUCAUCACGGCCGCGGGGGGGGGGGCGCCUUCCCUCGGCGGGGACGAGGCGCCGACGAGGUCGAGCGAGACGCCGACGGAGACCGAAGCAGGUACUGAGGCUCCCACAAGGCCAUGCGGGAGGGCGUGUGGCACAGUUUGGUGCCGGCUAUCACAGAGUGCGGUUUUCUGCGGUGCCCUGGACAAACCCGCGUCCCCCGACGAGGCCCAGCGGACAUCAACGGCGGAGCCUGGCGCGCCCCCCAGUGAGCCGGAGGGGAAGGCGGAGACACCCCCGGCGGUGGGCGGCGUCGCCACGAACCCCGAGGGCCCGGCGGCCGCGGCGGCUUCACCGCGGCCGCCCGGGGAGGCCGACGGCGCGGAGGGAACGGCGGCGCCGGCGCUGGCGGCAGAGCCGGGCGUGCCCACGAGAGACUCCGCGCCCACGACCGCCGAGCCCCAGAUCGUGGUGCAGUCUCCCGUGGCUCCGCCCACCAUGGCGGACUCCGCCCCGGCCUCGCCCCUCCCCCUGUCAAUCAGGCAGAAGAUCCCGCCCACAAAGCUCUACUCUGACAUUCAGAAGCGCCCGUUCAGUCCCCCCCCUGGGCUCGCACCCCUCGCCAGGGCCGAAAGCACCUCAUCCAUCUCCUCCAACGCGUCUGCCAGCAACGCCACCACUCCCACCGUCGACUUUGAUCAGCUCAAGAUGGUUUGGUUUGACAGGGGGAAGUUUUAUUUCACCUUUGAGGGAGCGUCCCGGGGCCCCAGCCCGCUCACACUCGGUGCCCACGACACGCUGCCCGUGGCCGCCGCCUUCACCGAGACCGUCAACGCCUACUUCCGUGCCGCCGAGCAGUGCAUGGUGAAGAUCACGGGUGAGCUCACCCUCUCGUUCCCCUCUGGCAUCACGAAGGUUUUCUCCGGGAACCCCUCCCCGGCCGUGCUCAGCUUCCGCCUGCGCAACUCGGCCCGCCUCGAGCAGCUGCUGCCAAACCCGCAGCUCCUCUACAGUGACCUCUCGCAGAGCGACUCGGAGACGCGAGACUUCUGGCUGAACAUGCCCGCGCUGUGCUCCUACCUCAAGAAGCUGUCGGAGCAGAGUCCUUCCGCCACCUACUACAACGUGGACAUCCUCAAGUACCAGGUGUCCGCAGGAGGAGCGGACGCGGCUCCGCUGCUGCUGGAGCCGCGCUGGCGCUGCGAGGAUGCGCGCACGAGCCUGCGAGUGGCGUUCCGCUACAACGGCUCCGCCAUGGCCUCGCCCUCCCCCAUCACCAACCUGCAGGUCGUGACCCCCGUCGGGGGCGGGGCCACAGACAUGCAGGCCACUCCCCCCGCCACCUGGAAUGCGGAGCAGAACUGGGUGCUUUGGAAGAUUCCAGAAAUCUCCGAAAAAUCAGAAGGCGGAGGCUCGGGCAUGCUGCAGGCGCAGUUCUCGGUGGCGGACGGCCCCACGGUCCCCGCGACGCUCGCCGCUCAGUUUGUGAGCGAGGGGUCGUCGCUGUCGGGCGUCGAGUUUGAGCUUGUCGGGGGCGGCUACCGCCUCUCGCUCGUCAAGAAGCGCUUCGCCACCGGCAAGUACAUGGCUGACGGCUAAGGACUCGUUCGUUGUCACGGAGACUCAACGUCUCUUCCCAUCAACCCGUGCUCCUCUCACCCAACCUGUGAACUCUGACCUCUGGGCACCACCGCCACCACCAAGUUUGUUCCGUGUGCUCGUCACUCCGUAAUUUUGGUCUGCCGGCCACGACGCUCGGCGUUACCCUGCUGCGCUGGUGCAGAGCGCGCAAGAGGUGUGCUCGCUUGCACCAACACACGAGCACGCACACGCGCGUACUCGCUUAUGCCAACGCACGCGCGCACACACACACACACACGCGCGUACGCAUUUACAGUAAAGCGUAUACUACAUAUUCAGUAUAUAAUUGCCCGAGCAUAUGCAAACGUGCCAGGGAUCAAAAACACACGUGUACGAGCGGAUUAUACGUACACCAAGCCUGUGAAAUCUCCCCGUGCCCCACGUAGCCUUGCGGGCUGUUGGGAAGCGUGCUGCUGUUCGUGAGCACCCAUGAAGGCCGGCACGGCGCACGAGGCAACAGGGGCCGGGGAGGGGGGGUCGUGGGGUGGUGGUGAAGUCAGCACAACGUGUACCUGGCCACCUUGGCGUCUCCCAGCACCACCUCAACUUGAAGGGCGAGUCAAGCUCGAUAGGCCAUGCUUAGAUACAAGUGCUGCUCCUGCUGCUUCUGAUGAUGAUGCACUGGUGUAGCGUGGAGGGCCCCCCCCCCUACCGCACCCUUGUUCAAAACUUCCCCCCCCCCCCCCAUCUCAAUCUUCGUAACCCUCUCCAGCGAAUGGGCCUCUCCGUGCAGUUGCACGACCCGCACGUUUGAUAGCGGCACCGCUGUGAUUUGCGUGCGCGCCGUCAGCAGCAGUUUGACACCCCCCCCCCCCCCGUUCCAAGUUGUUGAAGUUGUCGGGUUGGUAGCACGGUGCUGCUUAAGCGACUGCCACACCACACUUGAUACGGUACAGAGAACAAAAGCCCCACCGUGUGUAGCCGCACGGACUCUUGGGGCAAGUGCUGUUAACGAGCACGUGAACGAAGGAUGGCACGGCACAAGGGGGGGGGGGGGGGGGUGGUGGGUGUCGUAUGUGGGAGGGGUGGUCAUGUGAUCAGCGCCCGGCUGCCCAGUGCGAUGGUGUUUCACACACCGCGCCAGCUACUCGCAUCGAGCUGAGCAUCAACGCAGUCCUAGGCCCAGAACCGGUUCAGACAUUUGCCACUGACGUUAGUCGUGAGCGAACAGUCGAGCUCGGGUUGUUGUUUUUUUUGCUGUAGCGCGGCGCGCUAACCACUGCAUCACUCGAACACUCCCCGCUGCGUGCCGUACAGACGCAAAGACACGCGCGCACAAAUGACGGCGCGUUACUCGCGCACGCGCGGAGCAGUCGUGCGCGCAGCGUCCGGCGCGCUCCGACGCGUCUCCGUAUGCUUAAGUUGCCCUCUCGUCUCCUCGACCGGUUGAUCGCGUUUUGUUGAAGCUGUGACCGACGCGGUAUUUAUCUGAAGCAGAACAAACGGUCCGUCGGCAAGCGGCAACGGCCGGUGCCGAAUUGGUGGUGGGGGGGGGGGAAAAAAAAAAAUACAAAACGAACACCAAAAAAAAAUGUAUUUGCUUUUUUUCUUUUAUUUAAAUAGCGGACCGAGUUUGAAGUGUUGUGGCAAGCUUUGCUGUGGACGUUGUGAUGAAGUGAGUUUUAAAGCGGAGUAACGCCGGCGAGAGAAAGGAGGCCUUUGUCGUUGCGGUGAUCGCCAGUGUUCGUCCGCGACCAGGUGCUUGGAUCCCCCACUCCAUGACGUACCACCUCUCAAAUAAAUGUCCAUGAUGUCAUCCGCACGCACGACGAGUAUUACCCUGCAGGCGGUUUGGCCCACGGAGUUGAAUUUCCGACUCGGCUCACAGGCGGCGUCCGCCGUCGCAAAGGCUUUCAAGAGAUGACAAUCUUCUGAAUGAUUGUGUUUAAAUUCAUUAAUGAUGGUUAUUACAUAGUGUUAUAAUUAUUUUUUUGGGGCUGCCGCACGGGACUUGCAAUCCAGAGGUGGACGAUUCAGCCUCCUGGAGUGGCAGUCGAACACAAUGUCCUCCACCCAGCAGUACAAACAUGUGCACACCGGUAGUUAGACGAUCACCAGCUCACGUGUUGUGAGGUAACGUGUGGGGCACUCCACCUCUUCCGAGGCCACCGUCAAAGAACAGGCCACACAUUCGUUGAGAGAGAGGGGUUCUACGAGUUCUCCAGUGGGAGACCGUUCUGAUAGCAGUGCUGUGAGCAAGCAAUUGCAGGCCUGCACCUUUGCCAUCGAUAGUUAAUUUCGCUUAUUGUGCAAAGUCUGGUUUAUAUGGUAGCACUGUUGGUGGAGCGCGGCAGCAUUCCCAAUCGCGAGUUGGUGAGUUCAUCUCCUCGCCAGGGUUGGAUCAUCAUUAUCAUCACCAACCAUCUUAGGUUUCUAAUAUGAACAGCAUCAAGUAGGAAGUUGGUGGUUGUAAUUAUGUUCAGCAAAGGACGACUCGGGUCCUGCCAUAAGAAUGUGGAAACACUGGCUCGGGAACCGCUGUUCUCUCCUGGCAGUCGCCCUCGAACGAGAGCUGUACAUUACAGGGGGGCUUAACCGUGAGAAAUAAUAAUAACUUUACCGAUUUUUAUUUCACCAGCUAAGGCCCACUGAGCUCUGUAGCUCUUUGUCAGACAAGCGACCCCCUUUGCCCGUCACCGUACGUCCAGGCAUUGCCUUGCGGCUCGUCGCGAGCAAAGCGCUCUUUUCGGCAGGGUUUUUGUUUUCGUCGCGCACAGGGAAUUUCGGUUCGCGAGUUCUAAAACGUGAAAGCUACUGCGACCGCUCGUCGUUAAUUCCUCCGCUACCUCUUGACGGACGCAAACAAUUGCCGGUGCCCGUCGAUCGACCGUCCCAAUGUGAAGUCACGGUUGUUUGCUCUACAUCUCUCUAUCAACAGCAGCAGCAGCGGCAGCAGCGGCAGCAGCAGCCAUGCGACGACGACGAAAGCCCGUGCGUUGGUGCAUUUCCCUCUUGUUGCAGAGAUUUGAGGUUCGAAACCCCGUGGCCGCCCUGGUCAACAUUUCGGGUGUAUCAACGAUGAAAUAUACGCGCUGUACACUUGGCGAUGGAUGUUAAAGAUGCUGCGGCGUUUUUGCUAAAAGGGAGUUUCCGCCGUUUCUGCUGGCGUCACAGCCCGAACUCUUUGCCGUGACUUAAAAAUUGUCCGCCAACGACUCGAUUGUGAGAAAACGGAGGCAAGAUCGCCUCCGAAUGUACAGCUACUACUACUGCCAACCUGCCGAGUUUAUUUGGUUUAACCAGGCGAGAACUUGAGAGACCGGGUUAAGUCCUGUUGCGGUGGCCCCGGCCAGUCUUGUGAGAGCUGAACAAAUAAAGUACCGUAGUGAAGCCAUUUAGAAAUCUGAGCAAAAAAAAUAUCACAUGGGAACUGGAAAAUAUUGCACGAUCAUAAAUCACUGAUUAUUAAUUUGCCUGUAGCGCAACGUCUCCACGGGCAGAUGAUUUUGAAACUGAUCGUUGUACAAUUUAUGUUCGAAACAUUAAGCAGACGUUGAGUGACUAUCGCACCAAUAUGUAAACAGACGGGCUGUGCGCCAAAUGCAAUUCGCAAGCGAAGUUAUCACAAAUAAUUGACAGCUGUGCAUACAAUGCACUUAAGAGGUUAUGUUGCAUCUACGAUUGAGGAUUUUGGUCCCCCUUUCGUAUGGAUAGGGAUUGAGUUGUGGCUAUAAAUCUGUGUCUGGGUUAUGAAUGCAGCUGUGCUUCCAGGCAGAAUGAGGCUGCCAGGCAGAACGUGGGAAUCCCACUCGCGACUUUGGAGAUCACUCAAAGUGGACAAAGGUUCACACAGAAACCCAUAGAGUCAAAGAUGAAGACAAAUAUCCCCCGUAUAGACUUAACAGACUGUUGGGGCAAGUGCUGUUAGCGAGCACCUAUGAAGGUCGGAACGGUACACGAGGGGGUGGGUGGCCAGCAGCACGUCCGACCGCCUUUGUAUCUCCCCGGUAGCGAUAUUUAGACACCGCACCAGGUACUCAUUUGAGGCUGAGUAGACCUUGGGGAGAUUCAGGACCGGUUGAGGUAAUCAUCACCGGUGUUAGCCGUGAGCGGGCAUGGGACCCGGGUCGCCGGGCUCGUAGCGAAGCGCGCUAACCGCUACCACUGCUGCUCCUCCAUAGGGUCACGCAGAGACCCACAGACUUGCACAAAGACCCAUAAAGGAGACCCAUAGACUCGCAUCAUCCGGCGAUAAUCAUCGGUGCGUCCGGAUCUGGCCCGAGCAGACCUUGACAUCCGUAUUCUCGACCGCAGACAAUGGCAGGUGGUUGAGAGGGGACGGAGUGUGGGGCCCCGUCGAUGUCAUGCCGCUGUUCUCCCCCUCCUCCUCCCCUCGUCGCUGCCAUUUAUCUGCCACCUUGACGAGGUGAAUAGUUUUCUCGGGCGACCGGCGCCGAUGGGGGGACGCUGCAGCGCCUGGGCUUCCCCCGAGCAUCGGUUCGUCCUCCAAAACAAUCUGCCCAAACCGACUUGCACCGCGGGGGACGUUUAAGCGUGGGACGCAGUUGUUUGUGUGUCUGAUUUCUAUUUGCUUCAUUGCCGUGCUUGAUUUGCUUUUUGUCAUUUUGGCGAGCCAGGUCACGCUCGCAGGUGAGACGAUGUGCCGGUUUAUAAAGUUCCCCGCGUGGUUACACAAAUAACCUUGGGAACUUUAACCUCGAGCAAGAAAAAGCGGUGGGAAAAUGCCCCAUAAGCCUCUAUAAUCGUCUGAAGCAUAGCUCCUUCAUGACUGCCUUGCGCUAUAAGAGUGGUGUGAACACCAAAAGGACUGAUUUGAUAAAGUGGACACACUUUAGAGUUUUAGUCGUCAUUAUUGCCAUAACAUGUUAGACAGUAGACUGACACUUGAGCAAAAGGUUAAAGUUUUGGAGUGGUUAUUGGAAUGCGAAUCUCCAAUCACUCUACAAUGACAUUAUUGCAGACACUUCAGUUCACGAAUUGACUUUCUGCUUGGUGCAUGAGAACCCUUGAAUACUACUUGCAAGACGCUAAGCUUAUGCUCCGAGUCGAUUGCACCUUGAGAUUAGGAGAGUGCUAAACUUUUUUUUGGGUUCCUGGAAGUCAUUUAAAAUGACGAGAGGCCAGGGCUAGUAGUUUCCAUGCUCCCAGCCUCUGGAACUCCAUCCCAAGUCGUAUCAGGAAUGCAGGCAACAGUCGAAUCUUCUAAGCGACAUUUAGAAACAUAUUUUACUGCGUAGGCUUUCGCGACUAAUAUUAUCCAUAAGAGUUUUUUGGGUUAGAUCGCGUAAACAUUGUGUCUUUAAACCCACCACCACCCAACACAGCCAGUUAGUAAGGUUUCUCACGUGAACAAAACAUGCCAAUUCGUUACAAAUUGUAUAUGUUGUGGGUUUACUCUCCAACACACCGGUGUGCUGUACUCUUCACGAAUUGGCAUGUUUUAUUUACGUGACAAACCUUACUAGUUGGCUGUGUCGGGUGGUAGCAGGUUUAAUAUUUACGCGAUUUAACCCAAAAACCUCUUAUGGAUAUUUGAUUACGUUAGCUGAUCCAUAAGCUGGGCUUAUUUGGCCAAUGGUUCUAAUUAUUGUCAUUGUAAAGCAACCUGGGAUGUUCUCCUUGGACAGCGCUGUUGUAUAGAAGCAACAAGUAAUUGUACUGAUUGGAGAUGUCCUCGCGAUCAAAACGCUCCACGACUUUUUGUUUGUUGUCCUUCCCCCCACAGCUCCGAUUAGCACGGUUGGCUACGUACCGUGCAAAAGAAGUUCACCAUAUACAACCAUACAUACGUACAAGUGCCAAUCUGCUGUCUGGCAUGUUGCAACGGAGAUUUAUAUCAAGCUAGGGGCUAUCAAAUGCAGUGUGAAGUGAAAAGAAUUGAAGUGUGUACUGCUUAACCCUUUCCAUGUCCGGUCCCGUUCCGAUCACGUACACGUACGUCAUCAGAACGGGACCGGAAGAAAGAAUAUAAAAUUACUUUUAUCGAGGGCGUGUGGCACCAGUUUUGACGCCAGCUGUCAUAGAGUGCGGUCGUGUCACUUCGGUUCUCUGUGGUGAGUACAACGUCUUUAAAAACGACGACGCUACGCCUCUCUAAAUCAAAUUAACGCCGAGCCGCUUGCGAGUUCCGAGCUUCGGCGGUGAACGGGACACCCACACCCUGCGACUUGCAGACGUCUCGCAACGGGAAAGGGUUAACGGUAGCUUGCAUGGAUGAGAAGGUACGGCAUUUUUAAACGGUGGCAAAAAUUGACGGAAAUGCCCCGUGUUUACGUGCGACGUCUUUCCUUCCGCCCGCUGCCCGGUUCCCCUUGGCGUGUGCCCUGCAGCUAUUCAUCAUACGCGUUUUGUGUCUUAUUCUGUCCAGCAUGUCGUACCUUAACUGGUUGAAACAAUUAAAAGUUAACAGACGGAAUAAAUAUGAAGAUGUAUUGUUAUUAAGAAAAGGGAUAAGUUAUUAAAUUACUUUAAAAAAAGACAUAUAUAUAAUGUGCAGAACAAAUAAGUAAAUGAUGUUUUAUAAUGUAAACAGAUAACAACAAUGUGCGAAUGACCUUUUGAGGUCACGGGGAGUGCUAGUGUUUUGUUGGUGUGGAAAAUUAUAGUGUUUGAAUCUG